CCAUCAUCAAUUACGCGUUUUACUAUCAUGCAGUACCCAAGGCCCCGGGUCUUUAUAUCUUGAUCACUCUGUCUAUUACAUCCUCCUCUCACAGAAAUCGUUCUCAUCUUACUCUCCUCACAAAGUUACUAUUCAUUCAAUUCCCACUAAGAAAUGGCGGAAGGAGCUUUGGUUGGAGUUGUUAAGGGGAUCACAGAGAAAGCGGGCAACCUUGUAGCCCAAGAGAUUGGACUACUCUGGGGUGUCAAAGACGAGAUUAAAAAGCUCGGCGACACAGUUUUGACAAUCAGUGCUGUGAUUCAGGAUGCAGAGAAGAAGCAGCAGCACAACAAUCAAGUCAGAGUGUGGCUGGAAAGGCUGAACGAUACACUUUAUGAAGCGGACGACUUGUUGGAUGACAUCUCCACUGAAGCUUUACGACGGGAAGUGAUGACACGGAAUAAGAAAGCAAAAGAGGUACGCAUCUUCUUUUCCAAAUCGAACCAGCUUGCAUUUGGUCUUAAAAUGGGUCAUAAGGUUAAGGAAAUGAAUGAAAGGCUAGAUGCUAUCAAAAACGCUAAGGGGUUCCACUUAGAUGAACGUCCUGUAGAGACACAAGUGGGGGGUUAUAGGGUGAGAGAAACUCAUUCUUUUGUACGUACUGAAGCAGUCAUUGGGAGAGAUAAUGAUAAGGAAGAGAUUAUAAAAAUUCUUUUGGAUCCCAAUGUUGAAGAGAGCCUUUUGAUCCUUCCAAUAGUUGGACUUGGAGGAAUGGGGAAGACCACAUUAGCUCAACUAAUAUUCAAUGAUAAUGAAGUCCAAAAUAGUUUUGAGCAAAAGCUUUGGGUGUGUGUCUCUGAUGACUUUGAAGUAAAAGUAAUUGUUAAGAAAAUUUUAGAGUGUGCACAAAGUAUGAAACCAGAAGACCUUGAAAUGAACACAUUGAUUAAUGAUCUUAAGAAAGAAAUUGAUGGAAAGAGAUACAUACUUGUGUUGGACGAUGUAUGGAAUGAGGAUCCUAAAAAAUGGCUUAACCUAAAAGAUCUUUUAAUGGGUGGAGCAAGAGGUAGUAGGAUAUUAGUGACUACACGCAAUAAUAGAGUGGCAAAGAUCACAAAAACUAUUCAACCAUACCUGUUAGAGGGUUUAGAUAAAGAAAAGUCUUGGGUUUUAUUUAAACAGAUGGCAUUUGAAAAUGGACAAGAGCCAGAGAAAUCAAUCUUUAAGGUAGUUGGAAAGGAAAUCCUUGAAAGAUGUAAAGGAGUCCCCCUUGCCAUAAGGACAAUAGGAAGCCUAUUAUACUUUAAAAACACAGAAAAAGAGUGGUUAUCUUUUAAGGAUAGUGAGCUUUCAAAAGUACCUCAAGAAGAAAAUGAUAUCCUACCAACACUUAAGUUGAGUUAUGAUCAUCUUCCAUCAUAUUUGAAGCAAUGUUUUGCUUAUUGUUGUUUAUUUCCAAAAGAUUACAGAAUUCAUAAACAAAUAUUAAUUCAAAUGUGGAUGGCACAAGGUUUCAUUAGACCUUUAAAUCAAAAUCAAUGCCUAGAAGAUGCUGGUCAUGAGUAUAUUAUGGAUUUACUCUGGAGAUCAUUUUUUCAGGAAGUUGAAAUAGAUGAGGAUAACAAUAUAUUACGAUUCAAAAUGCACGAUCUUAUGCAUGAUCUUGCAAAAUUAGUAGCAGGAUCUUAUAGCACCAAUUGUUAUUCUGAAGAAGAAAUCAUUGAUGAAAAAACUCUACAUGUGUCAUUUGGUGGUCAAUCACAAUCACAAAUUCCAAGUUCAACGUUCAAAGCUAGAAGGAUACGAACCCUUAUAUUCCAUGGUAAACUUUGGCCUCUUGGUCAACAGAAAUUAAUUUAUAAUAGUGCACUUGUUACAAGUUUUAAGUUCAUUCGCUUAUUGGAUUUGGUUAAUAUGGGUAUUAGAACAAUUCCAAGUUCUAUCGGGAAAUUGAAAUAUUUAAGAUAUCUUGAUCUAUCUUAUAACGAUAUUAGGAUGCUUCCUAAUUCCAUUACAAGAUUGCAUAAUUUGCAAACUCUCAAACUCUCUCGUUUGGAUGAUAUUACCAAAUUGCCUCGUGAUUUUACCAAAUUGGUCAACCUCAGGUUUCUUGAGAUCACUACCUUGACUCGUAUACCACGUGGAUUGGAGCAAAUGACUAGUCUUCAACCUUUGUCAGUAUAUCAGAUAAUUAUGAAAAGCGAUUCAUGGUUCAAGCAUAACAAUGGAUUGAAGGACCUUCAAGGAUCAAACGAGUCAAAAUUUUCAAAACUUCGAAAAAUGAGUUUAGAUAAUUACAGGGGAGUGAAAUUUCCAAAAUGGAUGUCAUCACUCACAGCUCUCGAAGAAUUUUCGUUAUAUGACUGUAACAAAUGCCAACAUCUACCACCGUUGGAGCAAUUUCCUUAUCUCAAUUGUGUAUCUCUCAACAAAUUGGAUUCUCUAGAGUACAUGUCAGAGAUAGAUUACAGUGAGGAGCUCUCUAAUUCUUCAUUCAUCCCAUCUCUAAAGAAACUCGAACUCUCUUGUUGCCCUAAUCUAAAGGGAUGGUGGCGACAGAGAAGGAAUUCUUCAAAGGAAGUUGAUGAUGAUAAGAAUCAUUUGUUGCCCUUUUUUCCUAGUCUUUCCGAUUUAGAAAUUAAAAAUUGCCCUAAGCUUACUUCCAUGCCUCUGUUUCCAAAUGUCAAAAGGCUGAAAUUGGAUAUGUGUAGCUUGAAGCCAUUGAAGCAGACAUCAACACUCCAGAUUGCCAACUCCUCCUUUGCCCCUCUCUCCAAAUUAGAUACACUGGAAACUGGGACCCUAAAGGAACCUUUACCCAACUUGUCCAACCUCAUUUAUCUUGACUGUCGUGGUCCUCUCCCUCAAGGUGUGCAACAUCUCACUACGCUUAAGAAUAUGGAAAUUAUGAAUCCUACGGAGGUAGAUUUAUCAAAUUCUUGGGAUGUUGUAGAAUGGCAAGGCCUUAAGAGCCUUAAAUCACUUGAAAUUAGUUGUUGCCCCAAUUUAAUAUCGUUGUCCGAAGGGAUAUGUGUCCUUAUCUCUUUGCAGAGACUACAAAUUAACUAUUGUAGCAAAUUGAAAUCAUUGCCUGAAGGGAUGGGUGGCCUUACCUCUUUACAGACACUAAAAAUCAUGAUGUGUAGAAAAUUGGAGUCAUUGCCUGAAGGGAUAGGUGGCCUUACCUCUUUACAGACACUGGAAAUUAAAGGGUGCUACAAAUUGAACUCAUUGCCUGAAGGGAUUGGUGGUCUUACCUCUUUGCAUACACUACGUUUUUGGGAUUGCAUCGAACUAAAAUCAUUGCCUGAAGGGAUACAAGGUCUUACCUCUUUAGAGACACUAGAAAUUAUUACGUGUCCCUUCUUACUGGAAAGAUGCAAGAGAGAAACAGGCGAAGAUUGGCCAAAGAUUUCUCAUAUCCCAAACUUGGAAGGGGAGCUAUGUCAGCAACAAACCAACUGAGAUGAAGAACCAAAUGAACCAUAGAAGAUGCAGUCAAACACUAACCAUUGAUAUCAGCAACAUGACCUGAUGUAUUGUUUUGAUGUGUACUUCAGGAUUUGAUUGACCAUUGAGGAGUCCUUGUAUCAUUCAGUCUGGAAAUUCAGCAAAAUGUGACUGGAAGUUUCAUUUUAUUUCUAUAAACAAUCAAUUUUCUGAAAUUAGCUUAUGAGGUGAAGGCGGGUGUGUAGCUUUUAGGUGGUUGAAGGAGGAAGCAAUCCAGUGUAUGAAAGAGGCGGAUUGGCCAUUGAUAUUCAGGAUCCCAAUUUGACAAUAUGAUUGAUUGGAGUGAUUUGUGCCCACACCUCUUUUUUGAAUACUGAGAAUUUCAUCAGUGUCACCACAAUGAUGCAAAAGGAAACAGGUUAUCUUGGGUUAGGACUUAAGACCGUAAGUUAAUGCUCAUAGUAGUACCCAAAUAAAGGAACUUUCCAUUUUCCAGAUGGUUGCCUUUCAGUUAUUGUACACUCCUAGAGGUUAAUGUUGCAAAGAUGCAUUGGCAUAGGACAAGUUGAAGUGUGGAUGACUAUCAAAGUGUAUGAAGUGAUCUUUGGUAGUUUAUGGUGGCAUAAUUGCGUUGACAUAUGUUGAUGAUUUCUUUUAUAAAGAAUGUAAGUAGCCUUCAUGACUUUUAUGAGAGGUGAGCUUAUGCAUCUAAAAACCUAAUGGUUUAAUUUCUACUUCUAUAUACUUUACUGUAUGAUAUGCAUAGCUACUUUUUUAUUUGUAAGUUUACACACACUUGGUGGGUCUUGAACUCAUGACCUCACCCUUCACCUUGAUCUUGUAAGGGAAGAAUGUGCUAUUGGAGCUAAUGUUCAUUGCCGUAUAUGAUAUUUGCAACUUAAACCUCCUGAUUUUGUAUAUUUUUCUAAGCUUUAUUUAUAUUUCUUUUUUCCUUUUCAAAUAUCCAAAGAUACUUUCCCUUAUAGUUUAGCUUUACCUAUUGAGGGGGAGGGGCAACUAGGUUUUUUGUUUGUCUUUUGUUGGGGAGAAAGUUAGGAGGAGGAAGAAAGAGAGAAUUAUCUCUCUGGUAUAGAAUAUAAAAAUUCCAUUGAGUUCUUACUUGCAGUGACGAUUUUGAUUUUUUAUAAUUAGACAACAUGAAAAAGUGUUCAAACUUCUGUGGUAUACCUUUUUCUUUCUUAUUUGAAAAUGUUGGGUGGAAAUAGGUCAUGAGAGGCCCAAGCAAUGCACAUCCCAGAGAUUGAAAUCUAUUCAGGAAGAUUUAACUCCAUUGUAGGUUCAUUCAUUUCUUUUCUCAGUCCCCUUUUAAAUGUAUCAAAUAGAAGUCCAGCUAUAUCUUAAUUUUCUUGUUUCAUCAGGUAUGGUGAGUUUAUUAGUUAUUGGCUUUUAGCAGAUGCCUAAGGACCAUUACUAAAGGAAACAAGUUUAAGGGUGCAUGUUUCUUCAAACCUAGCUGGAAAUCAGAUUAUGCAGCAAUUAUUGGAAAAAGAAUGGUAACCAUCUCAUUCCUUACCAUAUUAAAUUGACAUCAUUGCCUAAAGGGAUGGGUGGCCUUACCUCUUUGCAUACACUAGAUAUUUGGGAUUGCCCCAAACUAAAAUGAUUGCCUGAAGGGAUACAAGGCCUUUACUCUUUGCGUGCACUACAUAUUUGGGAUUGCCCCAAACUAAAAUUAUUACCUGAAGGGAUACAAUGCCUUACCUCUUUGAAUACACUACAAAUUACUAGCUGUCCCAUCUUAUUGAAAAGAUGCAAGAGAGAAAACAGAAAAGAUUUUCCAAAGAUUGCUCAUAUCCCAAAAUUGAAAGGGAAUCUACAUCAGCAACAAACCAACUGAGAACCAAAUGAACCACAGAAGACUCACUUAUAAUAAUUGGAACUUUAUCAAACCAUUUGGGUGGUUCAAUAAGUCAACAACUAACCAUUGAUAUCAACAACAUGACCGGAUGUAUUGUUUUGAUGUGUACUUUGGGAUUUGAUCGAGGAGCCCAAUCAUUUAGUCAGGGGAUUUUGCACAUUUGUCUGGAAGCCUCAUUCCAUUUAUAUAUAUAUAUAUAUAUAUAUAUAUAUAUAUAAACGAUUUUCGGAAUUGGCUUACAAGGUGAAGGCGAGGCCUUGUUUGAACCAUGCUAAAUGAGAAAGAUCAAUGCUUUUAAAUAGCUCUCUAUGGCUUCUCUUGAAUGAUGGAGAUUGAACUUUGAAGCAAGAAGCAAUGCAGGGUAUAGGAGAGGUGGAUUGGCCGCUAAUAUUUGUGCCCUCAAUGAGGAUUGCCAAAAGAUUUGUAGAUACUGGGAAUUCAUCAAUGUGUCAUCUUACCACAAAGAUGCAAAAGGGGAUCCAUUUCAUUGAUUGCAGGUUGCCUUGGGUUAAGAUCAUAGUUAAUGCUCAAAGUGGUACCCAAACAAAGGAACUAUUCAUUUUUCCCUUUCAUUAGGUAUGGUGAGUUUAUUGGUAAUUGGAUUUUAGCCGAAGUUUGAGGAGUAUUGAAUACUGAAGCCGGCAAGCUUAAGAGUGCAUGUUUCUUCAAACCUAGCUGGUAAUAAGAUUAUGCAGCAAACUAUUAGGAAAGGAAUAGUAACUCUCUCAUUUACUAACAAAUUUAAUCUUUUCACAUAAUUUAGGUUUUAUUUUUUGGAAAUUUAUUUGCAAUAUUGUUGGCAUAUUAUUAGUUUCCUCUCUUAUUUUGUUUUUAUUUCAUUCUCAAACAAAGCUUAGUAGGUUCUAAUGAAUGAAGAGCAUAGCUUGUUGUUAGAGCAGACUGCAGAGUACUCCCUGAUUUCAUAGAUAGCUUAAUUUCAUGGUAAAUGAUUCUUGGACUUUUCACCACUUUUGACAUUUUUUUAGUCAUAAAUGUUAUUUUUUGUGCUUCUCAAAAGUAUAACCUUUAUUCCUGGGAAGUCCUCGUGUUGCACCCCUUUCUUUUUCUUCGCAUUUUUACUUAUCAAAGAAAUAUAUUAAUCUGGACUAAAGAUGCCAUUAGUUACUACAACAGGCUUUGAUAUUACUAUUUUCUCUAUUUGUGCAAGGUCUAGACAAGAUGCAUAUAUUUUGAUGAGAAAGCUAUCCAAUCUUGCUCUGAGAGAAAAGUGGUUGAUGUACAACUUACUAAAGAUAAUAAGAGAUUAGCAUUGUCAGGAUCCAUGUUCAACUGACUAGCUAAUUUUCAAGGAAAAUAUGUGAUUUCCAGUGAGAUGGCACCUAAAACUUUCCAUGAACAAUGAUCACUUGUGGUUCUUGUAUCAGUGAGUACUGGGAUUGAGCACAUGUUCCAGAAGUUUCAUUCUAUGGAUCAAGUUAUAUAUGUCAACACUUUUCUGGAUAGAAAUUUGCAAUUAAGGUGAAGAUUAGAUGACAAGAGCAACAAAUGUCAUCUCAUACCAUUGUGAAGUCCACCACCUUGGAGGACUUGUGCUUUUUUGUAGUAGAGUGGAAAAUAAGGAAAAUGUUUAGGUAUCAUGUUGGAGCAGAUAUCAAGUUGAUUAUAAACCAAGAAGAGAAUGAGAAUCAGCGGAUGAAGGAAGCAAUUGAAGGAGUUCUUGUUUGUUCCAUGUAGUUGAAGACCUAACAACCAUCAAGGAAAGCUGCCCUAGCCCCAGUUGGGAGGGGUAUUCUUAAGUUAGGAAUUCAAGCAGGAAUGUCAAGUGUGAAAGUCAAAUUUGAGUUGUAUCUGACUUGGAUUUCUUUUGUUGACUUUGGCUAGGACUCUAUUCCUUUUUGGUUUGGUACUGUACUUUGGAUGAGAGUUCCCAAAGUCAAGUGUGAGAGUUCUUUGGGUGUAUAUGGGGUUUGGGUUCUAUGAGAGUGUCUUUCUGUCACAUUUGUAAUCUCCUUAUUUUCUUAGUGAAACUAUCUUGAAACUGCCUGUGGAUGUAGGCCUAAGGCUGAACCACGUAAAAAUC